AAAAAAUACCCAGCUUUUAAAAAUAUUUGGAGGGGUAAAAAUUGUAAAACCCUGAGCAGGAUUCGAACUCGUGACUUACAGAUUCAUUGUAAACCCUCUACGCUACACUCUUAGGUGACAUUAUAGGGAAAGAAACUGCUUAUAUAAUUACACUUCAUUUUAUUGUUUAUUUCGUUAAACAAUAUGUCACAACAUGGAAGUGUCCCAUACCACCUUAAUAUUGCCAUUGGUUUAUAAAUUCUUCUUUCCAGGCUUUGAGGGCUCUUUUUUGUGACAUAACAUAAUACCUCUUUUUCACGAUUAAUUUCAUUAAUAAAUUGAAAUUCUUAUUUAUUUGAUAUAGCCUAUGAAACAUCUGUAUAUAUGAAUUGAAAUACAUGUAUUACCAUAGCUUGUAAAAUACAAUAUAUAAUUUGCAAAGACAGGAAGGAAAUGUAAACUUGUGAAAUGUGCCCUUGUUUUCCGACUAUGAGUGAUACAUAAGCCAUGAGAUGGUCUUUAUAAUCAUGAUAAUUUAUCUGUAAUUCUGAAAACCGGACAUAUAUACACAGUUUUAAUAUUAAAUUGCAGAAAGAGAUAUAAGCAUCAUGAUCAUUAUGAUCAUAAAAUGGCCUAUUUAGUUUAUUUAACAACUUGCAUGAAAUUAUUUUUGCCCAUGAUAAAGUACAUUGUACAUGUUGUAUAAGAGCUGCAUUGUAGUAUUGCAGUGCAGCUACUGAAUAAGGGAGAUGAAAAAUGCAUUUUAUGUUUAUAUAACUUUAGAACUAGAAUUGUAUGAAAAUCAUUAAGACAUAUCUCUGAUGUAUUAGCAAGUGGUCACAUCAAUAGGCUAUUAGUUGAAAGCACAGGUGAGAGAGAAACUUUGAUUAUACGUCAUCAAAGGCCCACGCUGAAUCUGAGUAAUCACUAAUGCAUAGAUUAGUCACUGCGCAGAGAAAGUCCACCGGUUCUCCAGUGUGUUUUGAACAAUGCAGUGUUGUACAGGGCUAUUCAUUAACUGUUGAUUGAUUUCGUUGGAACUUCUUUACCUGCCAUAAUCUGACCCCAGGGAAGUUUACAAAAGUUUAUCUUGACAUUGAACAAUGACAGCUGGCAUGGAAAGCCUCAAGAGGCGCCUAAGUUUUCGCAAGAAGAAGAACCACGUCCCGGAAUGUUCGAAGCCUCAUCAAUGGCAGGAGGAUGAGAAGAAAGUCCGGGAUGGCACCUGCAGCUUCCAAGUCCGGUACCUUGGUUGUGUUGAAGUGUUUGAGUCCAGAGGCAUGCAAGUGUGUGAGGAGGCCGUCAAAACGCUGAAAUCACAAUGUAAAGGUAAAUACCAGAGGGCGGUGCUGUAUGUCUCUGGGGACGCGUUACGAGUCGUAGAUGAGAUCAGUAAGAGUAUGAUUGUUGACCAAACUAUAGAGAAAGUGUCCUUCUGUGCACCAGACAGGAACCACGAGAAGGGAUUUGCCUACAUCUGCCGGGACGGAACCACCAGACGAUGGAUGUGUCACGGCUUCCUGGCCGUCAAAGAGUCCGUAAGUUGGUAUUUCAAGGGCCGGAACCGCCGCUCCGGGGAACGUCUGAGCCAUGCUGUAGGCUGCGCUUUCGCCAUCUGCCUAGAGCGCAAACAGAAGCGGGACAAGGACUCCAGUACCGGCGUGGAGGUCACAUUCUCUCAGGACAAGACCAGCUUCACCAGGAUGGGAUCCUUCAGACAGACCACCCUCACAGAGAGAAUCACUGACCCACAGAGUGCCAUACUGGCCGAACCUGUUCCUGUCAGGAAAGUGGAUAACCCCUUUGCAGUGGAGCGACCAAAAGCUACCCCCUCCAUGCUGGUCAGACAAGGAUCAUUUCGAGGCUUUGAGAAUUUACAGAAAGAUUCAUCUCCAUUCAAGCGAUCUGUUUCUCUGCGACUCAGUGACCUUCCAUCUACCUUACAGAGACAAGGGGCAAUAACAGAGAGCUCACCACCAAAGCAAACAGAUGUUAGUGCUCCUAUUCAAGAGAUGUCCCCAUCAAAAGAACAAGAAGAUUCAAUAUCUCACAUGUGCCAGCAGUUGACCAUGGGAUUAUCACAGCUCAGCUCUGAUGAUGCAUUUGGCACCACCCAGAGAGUGGAGUCCACACCACCUCACAAUCUCACCUCACCGGCAUUCCAAGCACCAAGUCCUAGGCACACCAAUGAAACAAAUAUUCCUUCACACCCAGCAGCCCCUGUUCAGCAGACCAAUCCAUGGGCCUCUUCCAGUGCUAGCCCUGCCCAUACUGCCACAUCAGCCACUAACUGGCCAUCACCAAAGGCCACAAACCCUUUCGCCAAUGCUCCACCCAUUAGUGGAGCAUCAGUCAGCAAUGGUGGUGCGUCAGUCAGCAAUGGUGGUGCAUUUGGACAGUUUCCACAACAACCUCAACCUCCCUUACGUUCACAACCGCCCCACUUGCAGCACGUACGGAGUCAUUCCAUAGACACUGGUGAACUGUCAACGAAUCAGUGGCAAAGUCAUUCGCGUCAACAGGCUCGGCCGACUCUUAUGGAUAUGGCUCAACAGAGAAGCUUUCAGGUGAAUGGCAGUGCUUGGGGAGAAUCGGCAUCUGGGGUCUCAACAAAGCCCACAGGACCCAAUGUUGACCCCUUUGAUGUGGCUUGGGCUGCAAAGUCGGCCAACAAGCCGACAGCAUCGAACAAUAACCCAUUUAACAGUGCCCGGGGUGCUCAGAAAACGUUCGAGGUCAAAUUAUAGAGGUGUGGGCGGAUAAUGGUCAUCAUUCAAUAUUCAGGUAUAUAGCGAUACUUACAGAAAUGGGGACAGUACAUAAACCAAUGAAGAAGUCAGUGCAGGCCCACGACAGAGAAAAGCUUGUGUCAUAUGUUGGGGAAUAGGACAUUACACCAGUUACAUUAUUAGGUGUAGCACUUGCACCGUACAUUUUCAACUUGUAAUGCUUUUACACUUCUGUAAAACUGCAGAUUGUUGUUUAAAUGGAAAUUUUUUUGUUUUAAGUUUACAACUGUUUUAUGUCAAAAAUUAUUUUAUGUUUCAAAACAAUUUAUUCCUCCUUCCAACUUUAAAACUGUUUAUAUGUUUUAUUAUUCAGUAGCCUUUCAUGUUGCAGUCAUAUCAUUUUUUAUGUAGAUUUCACAUAUAUAUGUCGGACAUCUAUUUUUACACCCAGUUAUCUUUUUUUGUUUUAUUUGACUGUAUAAUCAUUAUACUGUAUGUAAAUGCAUAUACUGUAAUAUAUUGUACGAGAAAUGUAAACGUGGACCUGAUCAAAUUUUAUACCCAGAGGUAUUCAUGUUUGAAUACUUCUAAAGAUUUAAUGUAUAUAUUUUGAUGCAGAUUGCUACUAUUGAGGAUAAAUUCAUUUUUUUGAAAGAAAUAUUAGACAUAGAAUUAAAAACAGAUAUUAAUGAAGUAGACUAACAUUUUUUGUACUUUUUAUUCUUAUAUGUAACAGUAAUAUUUAACAGAUUUGGAAUCGGAGGAUGGCCAAUCCAAAAACAUACACCAGUUCUAAAUUUCCUGAAUCUUAAGAAUUUGAUCAGGGACACACUACUUACGUAUAUUUAAAAUAUUUAAGAGUAGUGUUAAACAUAUCUAAGGAGGAUUAAAAAAAAGUUGUGAAUUCUAGGCUGUGAUUUUGACAUUGCAUUGUGUUUUUAUAAAACACAUCAAUCUGAUUGUAAUUUUAGAAAACAAGCCCUUUUUGCCACACUGUCAUAUCUCAGUAAAUAUUGGUAUACUUAUUGCCUUGUACAAAGGGCAAAGUUUAUGUACAUCUAUUAUAAACAUGUAUAGUUUUAUAGUACCAGUUUUAAGGAAAAAAUAUAAUUCUAAGAACUAUUAUUUUACAGAAUAUUUUUAACAUAUUCUGGAGAAAACAAAACUGGUUUUCUGUAUGAAGAAUAUUGGAUAUAGCAUUUAAUUUGACCAACAAAAAAAAAAUAACGAGGCAACAAAUUAAGUUUGAAGCAAAAUGCAUGGCUAUUAUUAUAUCUAAUGGUGUACUUUUCAGUGAAACAGAGUAAACCCUAAUGAUAUAUUUUAAGAUGAAAGUGCUUGGCAGUUAGUUUUAAUGAUUUGGUUUUUUUUAACUAUAACAUGGCAGAUGUUGUGUAGGUGCUUUUUAAAAUGCCUGCUUUAUGUGGCAUUAGGGUCUGAAAAAAUUUAGAUAAAGGGCUCGUAACUAUGAGAAAUAAUAAAUAUUGAAUAUUUUACCAGGCUGCAUGGUUAUUGCAAUUUUCAUGUUAUGUUUAUAUUUUAAACAUAAAUUUGCAUUAAUAAAAUCUCAUUAUAGAUAAUACAUGUAUAA